GUAUUUGAACGCGAAACGAUAUCGAUAUCAUAAUUAUCAGCGCAGUAGGCACAUAAUUAUAUGUACGAGUUGUCAAAGACUAGUGUGUCAAAGUACCCCAGCCCAGCAAGCAACGUACAGGAGCUAUAAAAUAUAUAGGGAGGGAGCAAGUGGUGGAACGUGCGCUGGGGGCGCAAGAUGAAUGGAGACAAUGACUCUGACUCGUCCAGCAGCUCGACUAGUAGCAGCAGUUACGAGAGCAGCUCAAGUGAUGGGCCGCCAGCCUCGGGGGGAGGGAUGGUAUGGGAGACUGAUCAACAUGGAGACUUCAUUACUAUAAGCUGCUCUGAGAACACGGCACAGUUGUACAGAGAUCGCUUUGCUCGAGGUAGCGUUGGCGAGAGUGUAUUGUUUGGAGGACAAUGGAUGACUUUGAAUAACUUCCAGAGUGUGUCUGGUAGACAGAGCUCCAAGAAUUGGAAGAGAAGUAUUCGUACAAAUGGACGUUGUCUAUUUGAGUAUGUAAUGGAAGGUAUCCUUUCAGAGCACAGUAAGUCAUGUGACUGCUCGCUGUGUGAUGGUGUGUUGAGACGGGAGGGUGAGGUAGCUAUGGCAACCAAGAGACGACGCCUGAGUCAGACUGACGGUCAAGGUUGGUCUCCUGGCAAUGAUGGAGAGGUGGUGGUCGCUGGUGGUGGAGAGAGCUCUAACGAAGAUGAGUACACACCUGGCAAACCUACUGACACUGAGGACACGAUGCACCGCAACUCUGUCAUUGAUAUAUCUGACUUUAUUCCUCGGAGAUCUAGACGUUCUACUGGUCCUAGACAGUACAAAGGUCAUCGUACAGAGCUAGGUACAUUCACCCGACGGCCUACCCACUGGGAUUCUGAAGAAGUGGCAGAGUUCUUGAGACUACAAGGCUUCUCUGAGUAUGCUACUCCCUUCAUGCAGUGUGGCAUAGAUGGGCAGAGCUUGUUCCUACUCAAAGAGCAUCACUUGUUUGAACGAUUCAACAUGAAACUAGGUCCAGCACUUUGUCUCCUCGACACUGUGGGUAGACUCAAACACCCUCCACACUAACUCUGUCCAACCAUCCAUUAUAUAUUAUCUUAUGCUCUUGAUCCAUGACAUCUCAUUGUAUCUUUGAAUCGGUAAUUAACAUUAUUAAACAUUA